AUGGAAGAGAUUAUUUCAAUACACAUAGGGUAAUCUGGAAUUUAAGUUGGUAACUCGUGCUGGGAACUGUUUUGUCUUGAGCAUUAAAUUUAACCUGAUUGCAAAAUAAUAUAAAAUUAAAAAAAUGAGGAUCUUAAAACUAAUUUCUUCUCAGAAACCCAAUCAGGGUAGUUUGUUCCAAGAUCAGUCUAUUUAGAUCUAGAUUCUAAUUCUAUCGAUGAAGUAAAAGUAGGUUCUUAAAAGCAAUUGUUUAACCACGAAUUUUUAGUCUCUAAAAAUGAUGAAAAAGCAAAUACUUUUGCUAGAGGAAAUUAUUAAGUUAGUAGUGAAUUCAUUGAAUUUUGCUUAGAUAAAGUAAGAAGAUUAACUGAAAGUUGUUAAAAUCUGCAAGGUUUCUUAAUUUAUAACUCUGCUGGAGGUGGUACUGGUUCAGGUUUUGGAUCUCUUCUAACUAAAAAAAUUAAAUAAAAUUAUAAUAAGAAAUCAGUUUUAGGUUUUACUAUUUAUCCAUCAGAUAAAACAUAGACAAAUGAGUUUGAGCCAUAUAAUUCUGUUCUUUAUUCUUAAAAUUUGAUAGAAAACGGAGAUGUUAAUUUGGUAUUUGAUAAUGAAGCCAUAUAUGAUAUAUGUAAUAUGAACCCUUAUAUAUCAAAUAUAGCUUACACUGACUUAAAUAGAGUUAUUGCUUAAGCUGUAAGCUAAUUGACUUGUGGUCUAAGGUUUGAUGAUGAAUAAUAAAAUCAUUUAUCUGACUUUGAAAAGAAUUUAAUACCAUAUCCAAAAUUUUGUUUUAUGCUUUCAUCGUAUUCGCCUUUUAUAUUUACUUAAUAAAUAAAUUCAAUUUAACUGUCUACCCAAGAAAUAUCUAGUUUUCUUUUUGAACCAUCCAAUAUGAUGGCUAAAUGUAAUCCAUCAUUUGGUAAAUAUAUGGCUGUAGAUAUUACGUAUAGAGGAGCAGGUAUUGUUCCGAAGCAUAUCGGUUAAUCUUUCAACUCUUGGAAGGAAAAAAAAACUUUAUAAUUUGUAAAUUGGUGUUAAAGUUAUAUUAAGUUAAAAGCAAUAUAUAAUAUUCCAUGUAUAGUUCCUCAAAGUAGCUUUGCUUAUUCUAAUAAAUCUGUUUUUAUGGUAUCAAAUUCUACUUCUAUUUCUGAAGUUUUCUCAAGGAUAAACAAUCGUUUUGAUUAAAUGUUCACAAAAAGAUAAUUCACUCAUUUGUAUCAAAGUGAAGGUAUGGAAGAAGGUGAAUUAAUAUAAGCAAGAGAAGAUUUAGCUUUACUAGAAAAUGAUUACUAAGAUGCAGCUGAAACUUUAGAAUUUUAGGAAGAAAAUUGA